AUGAGCAUCUUGCUGCCCAACAUGGCGGAAUUCGACACCAUCUCGGAACUUGAGGAGGAGGAGGAAGAAGCAGCCACGUCCUCGUCCUCGUCGUCGCCGUCGUCGUCAUCGUCGGUAUCGGGGCUCGAGGAUGACGAGGAAGAUGAGGAGGAGGAAGAAGAGGAGGAGGAAGAGGAGAAAGAGCAAGAGGAGGAGUCGCCGCCACCGCCUCGGGUAGUGAGCGAGGAGCACCUGCGGAGAUAUGCCCCCGACCCUGUACUGGUGCGGGGCGCCGGCCACAUCACCGUGUUUGGCUUGAGCAACAAGUUUGAUACUGAAUUCCCCUCAGUUCUAACAGGGAAGGUGGCCCCAGAAGAAUUUAAGACCAGCAUUGGCCGUGUGAAUGCGUGUUUGAAAAAGGCUCUCCCAGUCAAUGUGAAAUGGCUCCUGUGUGGUUGUCUCUGCUGUUGUUGUACUCUGGGUUGCAGCCUGUGGCCUGUUAUUUGUCUCAACAAAAGAACCAGAAGAUCAAUUCAGAAGUUAUUAGAAUGGGAAAAUAACAGAUUAUAUCACAAGCUUGCUUUACACUGGAAAUUGACUAAAAGAAAAUGUGAGACUAGCAAUAUGAUGGAGUAUGUAAUACUAAUAGAAUUCUUACCAAAAUAUCCCAUAUUCCGACCUGACUGA